UUCUAUUCUUCGAUGGUCAUAUACAAUCAGAGCGAUUUCAACAAAGGGACCUUCAUUUUAGUGGGAAUCCCAGGCUUGGAGAAAUUCCAUGUGUGGAUUGGAAUUCCCUUUUUUAUCAUCUAUAUAGUGGCUGUUCUGGGAAACUGCAUCCUUCUCUACCUUAUCACUGUAGAGCGGAGCCUUCAUGAACCCAUGUUUUACUUUCUCUCCAUGCUAGCCAUGACUGACCUCAUCUUGUCCACUGCAGGUGUUCCUAAAACACUGAGUAUCUUUUGGCUUGAGGAUAGAACAAUCACAUUCACAGGGUGCCUUACACAAAUGUUCUUCCUUCAUUAUAGUUUUGUCUUGGAUUCAGCCAUCUUGAUGGCAAUGGCCUUUGAUCGCUAUGUGGCCGUCUGUUCUCCCUUGAGAUACACCACUAUCUUGACCCCCAAGACCAUCGUCAAGAUUGUUGUGGGUAUCUCUUUUCGGAGUUUUUGUAUCAUUUUUCCAGUUAUGUUCUUGCUCAAACGCCUACCUUAUUGCAAGACAAACAUCAUUCCCCACACAUACUGUGAACACAUAGGUGUUGCCCGACUCGCUUGUGCUGACAUCUCCAUCAACAUUUGGUAUGGCUUUUGUGUUCCUAUCAUGACAGUCAUCUCAGAUGUGGUUCUCAUUGCUAUCUCCUACACUCUUAUCCUCUGUGCUGUUUUUCGUCUGCCCUCCCAAGACGCCCGCCAAAAGGCCCUGGGCACCUGUGGUUCCCAUGUCUGUGUUAUCCUCAUGUUUUAUACACCUGCCUUUUUCUCCAUCCUUGCUCAUCGUUUUGGACACAAUGUUUCACGCACUUUCCACAUCAUGUUUGCCAAUCUCUAUAUUGUUAUCCCACCUGCACUCAACCCCAUUGUCUAUGGAGUGAAGACUAAGCAGAUCAGAGAUAAGCUCAUACAUUUGUUUUCUUCUAAUGGUAGAAAAUAA